AUGGAGGAAUCGAAACCGGACUGCUCGGAAUUGCUUUCGGUACACCAAUACCGGCAGUGUCUCUGGCAGGAUGACGAGAGCUGCAGUUCAGAUGGCCAUGGCGCGAAGGCGCUGCAGCACAGCAACGGUGCUUCUAAUCUCAACCAGACGCCUUCUCUGUCAGCGACGUCAAGUCCGCCGCCUCUCUCGCCGUCAUAUUCGCUGAGUAUUGCAUCGCAGCGCAGUGAACAGGAGCUGGAAGGUUUGGAUAGUUUUCUUUGUGAGUGGGACAAUACAUUUCACGAUCGAUUAAGGAAACCAUCUCUUACCCGAGAGUCGUCAUUCCGCAGCACCCAUACAAAGACGCAAUCAGAUUCGGUCCUCACGGACCUGAUACAGGCCAAGGCGACAAUGGUGCACCAGGGAACGUCCUUUGAGAUACUGAACCCGCAUGAAUCGCUCAACUUUGCCCGCAUCGUCUCUUAUAUCGAAGAUGUGGAUAUGGAUGACUUCUCGUGCGCCUCGUCGGAUUAUAAACGGGAGUCGUUCUUAUCUGCGAGUACCAUCAGCACGAAAGUCUUGAAAUCGGAAAGAGAGGUUGCGCCAUUGGAUGUGCCUUAUAAUGGGCCAGAAACAAAUGGCGAUACUGGCAAUGAAGAGGUGCAGGUACAUUCAGAUCUGGUGGGCGAACCACCUCAUACACCAAUGCCGUCAAUCUCGGAGCGCUUGGAGAACAACGAAGAUGGUGCGUCGACUCAUGGAUCCCGUUCCGAAACACCAGAAUCCAGCGUCCUGGGUGAACCAGGGCCAUGCGAAGAGGAUGCCAGCGACAUAAUAACCACCCAAUCCCUCGACAACAUCCUCCCCCACAAAACAAUCCUCAUAACCGGCUGCUCCUCAGGCCUAGGCACCGAAACCGCCCGCUCCCUCGCCAAAACAGGCGCAACCCUCUUCCUCGGCGUCCGCGACAUGCUAAAAGGCAGACGCACACUAUCAGAUAUCCUCGACGGAUCACGCGUCCGUCUCCUCCAUCUCGACCUCUCCAGCUUCGCGAGUAUCAGACACGCAGUGCAUGAGUUCUUGAAACAUGCUAGCUAUCUGCACGUCCUGAUAUGCAACGGGGCCGUCAUGGCAACCCCCCGCGAACAAAAGACGGAAGAUGGGUUUGAAAUGCAAUUCGGGACGAACCAUCUCGGCCACUUUCUCCUCUUCCAGUUACUAUUGCCUGUAAUGCUGCGCUCCAUCGACCAUGAAGCCGGCGAAGCAGUCCGCGUCGUCGGCGUUACGUCGUCUGCCCACCGCCGUCUCGGAAUCCAAUUCCACGACCUCAACCUCCAAUCCACAGACCUCGAUCCCACCGAAGUCCCUAAACUAGCAUACGCUCAGUCAAAAACAGCAAAUAUCUACAUGAUGAACGAGAUAUCGCGGCGCUUCGGGUCCCGCGGCGUGCAGGGCCUCUCCGUACACCCUGGUAACGUCUUCACCGGCCUGCAGAAGUACAUCGAUGAAGCGGUGCUGGAGGAAUGGAGGCAGCCGGAGAUGAAGCAGCAUUUGAAGAGCGUGGAGCAGGGUGCUGCGACGACGGUGCUUGCUGCUGUUGGGCGGGAGUAUGAGGGUGUGGGCGGGGAGUAUUUGGAGGAUUGUAAGGUUGGGGGGAUGGUGGAGGAGGGGUAUCGGAGUUUUGAUCCGGGGUUUGAGGCGCAUGCUUUUGAUGAAAUGGGGGAGGGGAGGUUGUGGGGGGUUUCGCUGGGGUUGGUUGGGUUGCAGGGGGAUCAGGCGUGA